AUGUAUGCCUCUUCGCAUCGACCGUGGCUAAGGGGAUAUGAGCAGUCGCCAAGGUCGCCUUCGAGAGGGACGACCGUCUCAACGUCUCAACGUCUCAACGUCUCUGCGUCCCGCUGCCACGUCACCACGACGACUCGUCGCUACGCCCACGCUCGAAAGCGCAUGGCCCGGCAACGACGAGCAGAAGAAAGAAGCCGGCCACUUUUUCGUCUUGCUCUUUUCUUUCUCUUUUUCUCUUUUUCUCUCAUUCUCUUCUUCAUACGCCUUUUCUCCACUUUGUUCGUCUUUUCUUUUACCUUUUUCGCUCCACUCGUCCUACCGUCUUUUGUCGUCUAG